CCCCAUUUAGUGCGCACCCUACUUAUGGCGACAUGCUCAGAUGAAGAUGGAAGCCUUGUGAAUGGGAAGCGGUUGGUAGAAGAGGAGGAAGAGGCUGAUAAAUGUGUUGAAAAAGAGAAGGAAAGAAAUGUGGAGUGUGGAGAUAUAGUGCUUCAAUUACCUCAGUCGCUGCAGCUCCAGACAGGGUGUUGGGCUGAAUUUGGACCUUCUAACUACCUGAAAGGCUGCAAAUGGGCUCCAGACGGUACCUGUCUCCUGGUGUCCAGUGCAGACAACAAACUGCGGCUGUUCAAUCUCCCCACAGAGCUGUACUCGGGGCCUGUAGAGCAGCAGCUCCCUGAAAUGUGCUGAGUCUGGGUCUGGGAGAGACAGUCUAUGACUUCUGCUGGUACCCUCUCAUGUCCUCGUUGCUGCCCGACACUGCGUGCCUGGCCACCUCCUGUAAAGACCUGCCUGUUCAGCUCUGGGAUGCCUUUGACCUGCAGAAGAGGGCCUCCUACUCUCCCCACAAUCAACUGGAUGAGUUGGUGUCCCCACAUUCCCUCUGCUUCAGUCUGGAUGGCCAGAGACUCUACUGUGGCUUCAACAAAUGUGUGCGUGUGUUUGAGACAUGUAGACCUGGUGUGGACUGUACUACGAUCCCCACACAUGAGAAAAGAUGGGGAGGCCAGAAAGGCAUUGUCUCCACCAUUGCCAUGCUGCCCACUCACAGCCACAUGUAUGCAGUUGGUUCCUACUCCAGUCAAGUUGGUGUAUACAGUGACCUAGCCGACGGAGCAGUGCUGCUGUUGACUGGAGUUGGAGGUGGAGUCACUCACAUUGCAGUCUCUCCUGAUGGAAAUCUUCUGUUUGUUGGUUUCCGUAAGAGCAAUGAACUGAAGGUCUGGGACCUGCGCAACCCUGGCAAUCAGUUGGCUCAGCUACACAGACCAGUUUACACAAACCAGAGACUAUACUUUGACCUCUACAGGUUACGAGGCAGAUAUAAAACUGCUCAUACAUCGAAUGUGCUGGGUCCUGUAACAAUGAGUUUCACACAACAAACAGCCUCAGGCAAUGAAAACUUGUCCACGCCUAUAACUUUAAUGCUUUUCAGGGAGUGGUAUGUGUGAUGGCUUGGUUGUGAUUUGUUUGUUGUGCCUUUGCCUGUAUGACGUGUGUACAUUAUGGUGGGUGUUGUAGGGAGCACUGUCUGUUGAGUGGAACAGGAGAUGGUGUGGUGUGUGGGUGGGACAUCAGAGUCCUGGCGGGCAAUGGUGAUCUCUCUCCCCAUUUCUCUCAUGCCACCCACUCUGACCCUGUCACUGGCUGCAGUGUUCAUCCUCACCGACCACUACUAGCUACUGCAUCUGGCCAGAGACAUUUCCCACUCCCAACAGUUGAUGAUCAGGAAGAUGGGGAGGAAGAAACUCUUCAGGACAAUUCUCUUAAAGUGUGGUCGUUGCUCCCGCUUCCUGAUGAUGAUUCUUGAAAUUUUUUAUACGCAUGCGCAUCUUGUUGGGAUGUUUCUGCGCAUGCGUAAUAAAACAUGAGCGAUUUCAAGUCGAGACUGGAGGGCGGGGAAGCUCUCUCCCUCCUUCGUGCACUCGGGGAAGGAGAUCAGAGGUGGUUGUUCUACACAGACUUCUCGGAGUCGGAAUGUAUUUGGCAGAUACGAGUGAGUGAUGGAGUGAAGGUGUGGAGUACUUGCCUUAGCGAGUCUGAUGUGGAGAAGCUAGCAGGCAGACAGUCUGAGGCUAGCUUCAUCAGUAAUAAUGUUUGCCCAAAAAUUGAUGAAAUGGUGCUGCUGCCCAUUUUAUCAAAACUUACUAUUGGUCCAUUUUAUACCAGCUGUUGUCUGAGGGAUGGAGAAGUACAGGUCAUUCCUGGAGCCUCUCACCUCUCCCUCUGCCUGAAGCUAGCCUCCCAGCCUCUGCAGCUGCAGCUCUCAGAGCUAACAUGUCUUCAGAACCAAGACCAGCUCCGUGGCCUGAUUUUUGAACUCUGGACUCGUCUGAAUGCUGCACAGAGCCAGUUGGCUGACUAUCAAAGGCAACAGGAGGAUUGCAGACAUGACAAAGGUAACAAAGCUCAAGACCUCGUCCUAGUGGAUGCAAGUCGGAGCUCAAGGUCAGGCAGCUCUAGAGCCAAGAGGCCAGCUGGAGCCAGUCUCGUUAACCCCAACAUGAAGAGGAGGAAGGCUGUGAAGGGAGUUGUGUUUGGAGACUCUCAAGAUGAAUGCUGAACUUCACAAAAAAUAAUAAUGACUUCAUUUU